UGCUUCCUUCAGAGAAGGAGUUCCACGAUGCCACAAAGCGUAAUGACACGGCCAGGAUGGAGGAGCUCAUCAGGAGAGGAGUCGACAUCAAAGCCAAAACCAAUACAGGACUGCCUUGCACUGGGCUGCAGGAGCAGGGAAUGUGGAUGCUGUGCGACUGCUCCUGGAUCAUGAUGUCCCAGUGGAUGAUGAAGACAGUGUACGAAGGCAAAUCUCCCUUGCAUGUCUACAAAUGUGUUCUGUGUUGGGAGAGCACCGGGGACUUCAUGUUAGCCCUUGGUGGGUGGCACUGGGGAUUGCAAUGCUUGGGAAGCUGUGGCCUCCCUGCUGAGGCAGGUGCAGUGUCUUUCUGGAGCAAGCUUUGUUUUUUCAUGUGUCUGUGCUCCAUCUUUUGGCCUUUUCUCGCAAGCCCCAACAGCAUCAUCCAGAAGAAGACAAGCUUCCCUGUGCUAUACAAAAAACCUUGCAGGUUCUACCAGUCUACUUCCCAGUCACUGUGCAUGCUAGGAAAACAGUGACAGCCAGCAAGUUCUCUCUUCCGCCAUAACAACCAGGCUAAUACACACCAUUGACUAGGAAGUGGCAAUCAAGAGGCAGAUCUCUUCUCAGCUGCUGUGACCAUCUGGGGCAGGAAUAAUAGCAACUGGAGAAACUGGGGCUAAAAAAAUCCCAGAGAAAUAUUUGGGAAACUUCAUGAAGCUGGAGGAACAGCUUCCUUCCAGGGUGGGGAUGGUGGUGACUGCAGUUUAGCUGUAAGCAUCUCUCUUCUCUUCCACUAAGUUUGGAAUGAAUGCGCUUCUCCUGUCUGCCUGGUUUGGCCACCUCCGUGUCCUGCAGAUCCUCGUCAACGCUGGGGCCAAGGUUAACUGUGUCAAUAAGAGUGGCAGAAACCUGCUCCACUGUGCUGCUCAGAGAGGACACAUUCAGGUGAUGGAGUUCAUCAUGGAGGACCUGGAGGACAUGUGUGUGGAUGAGACAGACAAGAUGGGCAGGACAGCAUUUCACCUGGCUGCAGAGUCUGGGUGGCUGGAGGUGGUGGAGUUCCUGAUUCGACUGGGUUCUUCUCACGGUGCCAAAGACAAGGAAGAAAAUACAGCGUUGCAUUUAGCUGCUAAAAAUGGACAUCCCUCUGUGCUGCAGAAGAUUAUAGAUGUUGGAGUGGACCUUGACGAAAAGAACUUAGAAGGACUCACGGCUCUGCACCUGGCUGCUGAGGGAGGUCACAGCGAUUGUGUGAAGCUGCUCUUGGAAGCAGGUGCUGAUGUCAAUGCCCAAACCCAGAAAAAGAUGAAUUGCCUUCAUUACGCAGCACUGCAUGGCUAUGAGGCAAUAGCCAGGAUCCUCAUGGAUGCGGGAAUCCACAUAAACGCUGUUAAUCAUCAAAAUGCAUCAGCCACACACAUUGCGGUACUGCAGAACUUCCCAGCCAUGGUGAAGCUCUUCAUCGAGGCAGAGUGUGACCUUGACAUUCCAGAUGAUAGGCAGCAGACCUCACUCCACAUCGCUGCAGAGCAUGGCAGGCAGGACAUCGCCGAGAUGAUUCUUAUUGCAGGAGUUAAUCUGAAGCUAACAGACAAGCAGGGGAAAACAUCUCUGGAUGUUGCUGCCCGAGGCAAUCACAUCAACCUAGCAGACAUGAUUAUCAAAGCCGAUCGGUUUUACAAAUGGGAAAAGGACAAUCUGAAUAGUGACUCUGACUCCUGGGUAGCAAAGCACUUGACUUUCAAGCAAGAUCACAGACUGGAAACACAGCACAUUCGCUCAGUGAUGUGGAGAUUAGCUACCAAGUACCUCAGACCUGGGGAAUGGAAGAAGCUGGCACAUUACUGGAAAUUCACUGACGCCCACAUUAGGGCCAUUGAGCAACAAUGGACAGGUACUAAAAGCUACAGGGAGCAUGGCCACAGAAUGUUGCUUAUCUGGCUCCAUGGCGUGAUCGUGGCAGGUGAAAAUCCCAUCAAGGGAUUGUAUGAAGGCCUUGUGGGGAUUGGAAGAAGAGAUUUAGCAGAAAGCAUUCGGAAAAAGGCAAACGCAGACCCUGCCUCUCCCCGAAGGUGCACAGCAAUGUAACAUCAGGGGGGCACCCACAGUUCCUCCAGCUGCCCCAUCCACAGCUCCGCUUCCAGCUGUGGGAGAAACUCCUGCUCUGUUGCUCAUUGGAGAGCAGCUGCAACUCAAGGGCUCCCUGUCAUAAACAGCUGCUACUCCCUGAGUGCUCUGAAAUGACAAAGGGUAUCAGAAAAUGACAAUGGUCUAAAAUGCCUAAAAAUUAGGCAGAAAGGAGAUUGCCAUCAGCUGUUAUGUACCAUCUGGGUACUGCAAGGAGGGUUCAGUAAGCAAGCCUCACUUGUACUGUGGAUGCUGGGAAACACUACACUGCUCAGCUAGAACUUGUUUACAUCAACAUUUAAUUGUCAUUUUUUUAAGUUAUUAAGAGGAAAAUAUUUGUUUUCAGGUGUUCUUUACUUAUGUGGUUUGGGGUGUCUAUCACUUGUAUCUUAUGUGUUAUGCGUUUAUAACUUCCCUAUUAGGGUGGGAACUUGAAAAGUCAAAGCUACCCCUGGGACUUUUAGAAUCUUAAGGUGUGUGAUCUUUAACAUUUUGACUCUCUACAAGGAAGUUCCAAGUGUGAUGUUAACAUACACAGUUUGUAACUGUACACUGACACAUAUACUGUUUGUAAGUCAAAUAGGGAUCUUCUUUAAUCCCUAGGUUUCAACUUGAAAAGUUUAAGAUGAAAAUGGCUCGGAAGCAUCCUUCUGAGUUAACAAGGAAGAUUCACAGCUCUGUUCUCACCUUAGGUGGAAAAACAGAAGAGUGAACUGGAUGAGAACACAGGCCUUCUACUGGUCUUAACCACAGCAUCAGUGCAGGUGUUCUGCUGCCUCUGUCCAGAGCUGCCUCAGUGGUUACAGCACAGCCUCAGCCCCGGACAGUUUGCCUAAAUAGCACCUUGUCAUGUAAUACCAUGUAUUUUUUAUGGUAUUCCAAGGGGAAAAUAACAUCUGUAUUUCAAGUUAUGUCUUAGUUAUUCCUUAUUAAAAUAAUACCAGAGAACUCUUACUUAAAGCUAAACAAGUGCAGCCCUGUAGUUCCAACUGCAGUGCUCAAGGUGGACUCCAGCAGAAG